AAUAAAUUGAUUAGAUCUCUAAUUAAGGUUUCUUUCUGAAAUAAUGGCAUUCAAAUUUAUAGCCAUAUCGUUAUUGGAAAUAAUAACUUUUGCAACAUUUGUCUGGGGAGAAAAUGGUCUUGCAAUUAAAAGCAUCCAGAGUGAAGAUGGAGAUGUCAUUGACUGUGUUGACAUUUUCAAGCAGCCAGCUUUGUAUCAUCCUGCCUUGAAGAAUCACAAAAUUCAGAGAACACCAAGCUAUAAUACAAUGAUGGAGGAUACAAAAACAAAUGACCAAGAAAAAUCAUACAAUUGUGUGACAACACAAACAUGGCAUAAAAGUGGAAGUUGUCCAAACGGGACAAUUCCAAUUAGAAGAACACAAAACAUUAGAAAGGAUCAAGUAAAGAAGCCUAAUUUCUUUCAUCUUGAUAAAGGAUUGAAGAUCAAGAAGGAUAUCAACCUUACACAGAAGAAUCACUCAUUGGCUAUAUUGCUUACCACAGGAUAUAGAUACGUGGGAGGAAAAACAGAUAUGAAAACUUGGAAUCCUCAUGUUGAAGAAGAUGAUGAAUAUAGCACUUCUAGAGUUGCUCUUAAGAGUGGACCUUACUAUGAUUAUCAAGCCAUUGAAUCUGGAUGGGCUGUAAAUCCAAGGGUUUAUGGUGAUAGGCAAACAAGAUUUUUCACUUAUUGGACUAAUGAUGGGUCAAGAGAAACAGGAUGCUUUGACCUAACUUGCCCUGGUUUUGUACAAACCAGCCAUGAGAUAGCACUUGGUGCUGCUAUAUAUCCAAUAUCAACUCCAAAUGGUCUUCCAUAUUCAAUUACUGUUUAUAUCUACAAGGAUUUGAAUACUAGCAAUUGGUGGCUACAAUAUGGAGGAUCAAUCAACAUAGGAUAUUGGCCAUCAAAGAUUUUUGAAGGUGGACUAGAAGUCCAUGCAGAAACAGUGCAAUGGGGUGGUGAAGUUUAUAGCAAAAAUGUAGGGAAACAUCCUCACACAAAAACACAAAUGGGAAGUGGAGCUUUUCCAAUUUUCAUAAUUGGAAAUACUGGAUUUAUGAAGAAUAUGAGAAUUCUUGAUAAUACAAUGGAGUUGAGAUUUCCACAAAAUGUUUAUGCUUAUUCAGAGGAAUAUAAUUGUUAUAGAACUCAAUUUAUGGGUGAUUAUGUUGAAGAACCUGAAUUUCACUUUGGAGGGCCAGGAAGAAGUCCAUUCUGUCCUUGAUAUUAGUAUUUGAUUUUGUUGAGUUUAGAGGGUCUUACGGAAACAGUCUUUCUACCUUUACGAGAUAGUGAUAAGGUCUGCGUACAUUCUACCUUUUCCAUACCCCACUUGUGAGAUUUCGCUAGAUAUAUUGUUGUUGACUUGUUGUAUUGCCAAUCUUGAUUUAGCUUUAAUUUAAUGAGGAAGUGUUUUCUUUUCUUGGUUUCUUA